CGGCUGUGAGCGGCGCUCGGGGCGCGCUGGGCGGGGAGCCGAGCCGGGCCGGCGGCGGGCGGACGGGGCGGGCGCAGGCGGCGCGAGUCGGGCGCCGAGGACGAGGGGCCGCAGGCAGGGCCGGCCGGCCGGCGGGCGGAGCGCCGCCGCCGACGCACACGAGGUGACCAGGCAUUGAUGCACCCCCAGGGAGGCCGCGCGCUCAAGGAGGCCACCCCCGCUGGCUGCUGCGCACAUGGUUUCUGGGCCCCUGGCACUCCGGUGGUACGCGUGGGCGGGGCGUGGGGACAUGGGGCCCGACAUGGAGCUGCCCAGCCACUCCAAGCAGCUCCUGCUGCAGCUGAACCAGCAGAGGACGAAGGGCUUCCUGUGUGAUGUCAUCAUCAUGGUGGAGAACUCCAUUUUCCGUGCCCACAAGAACGUCCUGGCUGCCAGCAGCAUCUACUUCAAGUCCCUGGUCCUGCACGACAACCUCAUCAACCUGGACACGGACAUGGUCAGCUCCACGGUGUUCCAGCAGAUCUUGGACUUCAUCUACACGGGCAAGCUGCUGCCCAGUGACCAGCCGGCCGAGCCCAACUUCAGCACUCUCCUCACUGCCGCCAGCUACCUCCAGCUGCCCGAGUUGGCAGCGCUCUGCCGCCGUAAACUCAAGCGAGCCGGCAAGCCCUUCGGCUCCGGUCGGGUGGGCGCCACCGGCAUGGGGAGGCCACCCCGCAGCCAGCGGCUGUCCACAGCCUCCGUCAUCCAGGCGCGGUAUCCGGGGCUCGUGGACGGACGGAAAGGGGCCCACGCCCCCCAGGAGCUCCCCCAGGCCAAAGGCUCGGAUGACGAGCUCUUCCUUGGAGGCUCCAGCCAGGAGGGUGUGCAUGGCCUGGGCCGGGCCGUCUGUCCAGCCAGCGGGGAGGCCGGCCUGGGCAGCUGCAGCACCAAUGGGAGCAGCGGGGGCUGCGAGCAGGAGCUGGGCCUGGACUUGUCCAAGAAGAGCCCUCCCCUGCCUCCCGCCACCCCCGGUCCCCCCCUGACCCCUGACGACUCAGCCCAGCUGAGUGACAGCCAGCACGGCUCGCCCCUCUCAGCCUCCGCCCCUCCUGUUGCCAACAGUGCCUCUUACACUGAGCUGGGGGGCACCCCCAAUGAGCCCAUGGACCUGGAGGGGGCCGAGGACAACCACCUGAGCCUGCUGGAGGGGCCCGGUGGGCAGCCCCGGAAGAGCCUGCGGCACUCGGCCCGCAAGAAGGAGUGGAGCAAGAAGGAGCCCAGGGUGGGGUCCCCCUUUGAGCGGAGGGAAGCGGGGCCCAAGGGCCCCUGCCCAGGGGAAGAGGGCGAGGGGCUAGGGGACAGGGUUCCCAAUGGCAUCCUGGCCAGCAGUGUUGGGGGGGGUGGCCCCAGUGGGCCCUACGUGGAGCCCCCGUACCCCUGCAAGGAGGAGGAGGAGAACGGCAAGGAUGGGAGUGAGGACAGCGGGCAGAGUGGGAGCGAGGGGGGCAGCGGCCACGCCGGCACGCACUACAUGUACCGGCAGGAGGGCUACGAGACCGUGUCCUAUGGGGACAACCUGUACGUGUGCAUCCCCUGCGCCAAAGGCUUCCCCAGCUCCGAGCAGCUCAAUGCCCACGUGGAGACACACACGGAGGAGGAGCUGUUUAUCAAAGAGGAGGGUGCCUACGAGACGGGCAGCGGGGGCGCCGAGGAGGAGGCCGAGGACCUGUCGGCGCCCAGCGCGGCCUACACGGCCGAGCCCCGGCCCUUCAAGUGCUCGGUCUGCGAGAAGACCUACAAGGACCCGGCCACGCUGCGGCAGCAUGAGAAGACGCACUGGCUGACCCGGCCUUUCCCCUGCAACAUCUGCGGCAAAAUGUUCACGCAGCGUGGCACCAUGACGCGCCACAUGCGGAGCCACCUGGGCCUCAAGCCCUUCGCCUGCGACGAGUGUGGCAUGCGCUUCACCCGCCAGUACCGCCUCACCGAGCACAUGCGUGUGCACUCGGGCGAGAAGCCCUACGAGUGCCAGCUCUGCGGGGGCAAGUUCACCCAGCAGCGCAACCUCAUCAGCCACCUGCGCAUGCACACCUCUCCCUCCUAGAAGCCAAAGACCCUUCUCCCCGGCCCGAGGCUGCCCUCUGCAGACUCGCCCUCGGGAGCCAACCGAAGGAAGGAAGAAAGAAGCACGGAGGCCGGGCGGGAGGGGCCAGGACCUCCAGGUCCCGUGGGGGUGGCUCCUGGGGGCACCUGCAGCCAGCCCCGCCCCCCACACCCAGAGCUUUAAUGGACAAGUCUGUACCAAGGGAAGCGAGAGGAGGGAAGCCGAGAGGCCCGAGCUCCGAGUGCACAUUGCUGGUGUGCCGUCUACCUCCCGAUUCCACCCUGGCCCCCGGCUUCCUGAGAGGGGCCGCUGCAGGGCCUGUGGGAGUGGGUCACGGGGGUCUCGAUGGGACCUGGCCCCUUUCCUGCAGGCCAGGUCAGAGCAGGGGGAAGUGGGGGCCUCCCUCCGCUGGGGAGGAGCAGGGCUGCCCCGUGGCCAGGGGCGCAGUCUGUGUGCGUGCACGAGUGCCUGUCUGUGUGCGGGCCACCCUGGCUCUUUGGGGAGCGGUGCUGGAGGGGAGGGGACGGAGCCCUCCUUCCUCGAGCCAGGGGUCACUGCUCACUGGCACUAAGACAGUCAGGGGGCCCCCACCGCCUACCUCUCCACAGCUAAAGAGCCCUCUGGGCCUGUGUUGCUGUUAUUCCUACUGAUCUGAUGCUUUUUUCUUUUUGAAUUUUGUUUUUUAAACCAAAACCAACAAGAGUUUAUUUUCCUCCCGGCCCCUCGGGGCUGAGCCUGGGUCUGCAGACUGAAUGUACAGGGGCAGCUGCCCCUCCUGCCCCCGCCCUGGCUGUGGGCUGAGGGGCGCCCACCCCUCCAGGCCCCAGAAGCCCUUCUUGGCCAAAGGCUUCCCUGGGCCCCGAGCCCCGCCUCGGCUGCCUCAGGAGAGAGAGAGAUUUUCCUAUAGUUUCUGAGGAAUAUUCUUUGUUUAGAGGUACUUCUUUUUUAUUAAGAGAAAAACCAGUGUAACGUUUAUGUGAAUGUUCGAACUGGAAGGUCUGGGAUUUGUGGGGGGGAGGGGGGAGGCUGGACUCCAUGCCAGAGCCGUCGGUACUCUUCUUUUUUCAUUUUCUGUGUGUGUGUGUGUGUGUAUGGAUGUAUGUAUGUAUGUAUGUAGUGUGCGCGGUGCAUGUAGACAGAUAACUGAGCUUUCCUUCCUUCCUUACCGAUCAAGGUGGAGAGACUUCUGACCUUUUGCUACCUCUUGAAUCCACGAGAACAGUGUGUUGGUGGCUGGCAGCUGAGGCCGUGACACUUGGUUUCCUGCUGUUAGUGUGCAUAGGAAAACUCACGUGUGAGUGAGCCUCCUGGGCCCCCCCUACCCCCAGCGCCCUCAGAGAGGGGCUCUGUGCCCCAGAGCGCAACACUCACUGUGUCCACCUGCAGGUGUUCUGAGUGUUGCUGAGCAUCAGGGAGCCCGUGUGUGCUUCUGAUCUGGGCCUGGGUUGGGGGGCAGUGGGUGAGUGCUUCAGCCCCAGCCCCAUGGGACAUCAGGGCGUGGAGCCUCACCGCCAGGGCCAGCUCCUUGCAGCUCCCCACCAGGGCCAGGAUGAGGUGGAAGUGAGCCCCCCCCAUUCUGCCCCUUGGGCCUGCAAGAGCCGGAGCUUGGGAGAGCAGCAGCCCCUGCCAGGCCAGUGCAGAGGCAUGGGGAGGCACUGACCAAAGUGAUGUAUACCCCCCUGGGGGACAGGGAGAGGGCCUGCCCUACUUUGGCACCUUCUUGGGGCGGUCCUGGCCACUCUGGCAAGAGGCUGGCUGCCACUAAUUGUCUUGGCCCUGUCUGGAGUCCCACCACUCGCCCCUCACCGUGGGUUUUCUCUUCCACCCUCAGGACCCUUCCAUGGGCCAAGGGUCAGGCUCGCGAGGCCAGACCAAGGCCGCUGUAGGGCUGGGCCAGCGGCUUUGUUUUCAUUUUGCUUCAUGCUUUUUAUUUUUUUUUUCUUUCUACUUUUAAGUUCAGACCAAAAAAUUCUAGAGUCAUCCUCUACCUUCACCCCUCCAGAGACCCUCCAGCUGAAAACAGCCUGAGUUCAGGGACCCGAAUGGUGAAGGGCGUGUUUUGCAAGUGAGGGCUCCUGGCUGAGCCCAUCUCAAGGCGCCCCGAGCCCCAAGUUGGGUCUUAACUCCCUCUGGGUGGGAAAGGAACACUGGACCCAGGGUCUCGUGUUCCCGGAAGUCAAGUGAGGGGGGCAGGGUCCUUUCCAGGCCUCUCCGCCCUCCCGACCCCACCCCACUCCGUCAGCACUUAAGCCACACGACACAAAGUCUGUACCGCACGGGAGUUGUACGCACGCGCGCGCCCGGCCUGUGUGUGGCCUCUUGGGCUGUGGGCGGCUGCAUUCAUGAGGUGACCCGUGAGAGUAGGUGAUUCAUUUGCAGAACUUCAGGGACUGGGCGCAAAGGCCCCUCACUCAACGACGUUCGUGCGACAUAGUAUUGUACCCACCUGAGUAUUGUAUCGAGCCUUUUCUGUAUUUUAACAAGAAAGCAAAACACUAGUUUCCUAUUUAAGAUUUUAAGGGUUUGUGGGGAGGGGUGGGACUAACACAACACUUGGUUUUGUUUUCUUUUCCCUUUGAUUUCAUGUGGAGUGUGUGCUUGCGAGUGUGUGCGUGGAAAUGUGUUAAGAGCCUCACAAGGAAAUUAGGCCGUUGGAGGCCAAGGGCGGCUUACAGUUCUCUGCUUUAGUCACUUAAUUCCUGAAUGUUUCGGAGAAACAGGAAACAGAGAAAAUAGCAGAUGUCAUGUAGGAAAGAGAGGAUAAACAAACAAAAAAAAACAAAAAAAAACAAAAAAAAAAAAGCUCAUACCCAAAUUCACAAAACCUAUUUUUUAAACCAAAGCACAUUUUGAAUGAGUAUGGAACCUCAAUGGGCUCAGAAAAAAAGAUACUAAUAUAUUUAUCUCAUUGUUUACAUAAACUUUUACAGUUUCAGACCUCAGCAGCUGUAAGGCCAGUCCCAGUGAAUCCCCACCUUACGCUGGAGGCCCUUCUGAGUCAGCUCACGGGCAGAGGGGUGGCCGGGGCAGGCACAGAGCCCCCUGGAUUCACCUGAGCCCUCCUCCCCAGCCCCAGGCCUCUCAAAGCCCAGCUGGCACCAAAGAGCGUGGGCCGGUGCUGACCGGCCCCCAGGCCUCCUGGCCGGACCGUGGGGGUCCCGGCCAGCUGGCACAGCAGGGGAUGGCCGUUGGCUCUGGCCAUGGGACCCGAGUCUGGGCUAGGGCCCUGGGAUGGAGGGCCCCCCCAUCUCCCCCACUCUGCCUGCGACCCUCGGGGUGGGUUGAUGUGAGGGUCCCUCUCAAGCCAAAAAGCCCCGGGACCUUUGCACAGCUCUGUUGACUCCAGUGGGUCCCCACCCCCAGGGGACACCCCCACCCCCACCCCCGGCAGUGGGGGGGGGCUUACUGGGCUGGUCCUUACCAACACAGACGGUGCAAACACUCUGAACAGUGUUGUUUUUGUAUCAAUAUGUUUGUGCAGUGAUGAAUGUAUUUAUUUCUCAGACUUGGGGAGAGUGAGCGGCCAGCUCUGCCACCGCUCGCUCCCACCAGACCGAGCCACCCCAAGGGCUCCU